UACUCACAACAAUAUAAUUAAACAGAUGAUGGUUUUUUGCUCCUAUCUGCAUUUUAGAGACGGCCCUUUUAAAUAUUUGAACGUCUCCAAAAAAAUAUAUUUUUCUACCAGGUUUGGACUGUAAGGGCCGCUGUUGAUCAGGGAAAUACGUCCCCAUACUAGAGAUGUUCUGUGGUAAUGCUGCACGUCUGAAGGGAGAAGCUUUCCAGAAAAGGAGGUGGUAAGGGUGGAGGCCCCCUUCUUGCGUAGGAUCAUAAUCGCAGAUGAUUUAAUAAUUUUACUUCGUUUUUACUUCAGUUUCACAUUUUGUUUGGAAAAUUGCAAAAUGUACGAAGAGAACGAGGGAAUCGGUGCAAUUAAUACAUACAGAAGGAGACCUUUUUUGAGACUUCACUGGCAGACACUGGUUUUUUUCAUGUCUUUUUUGAGCCAUUUUGCACACAGCCAAAUUCGGUAUUCUAUACCGGAGGAAAUGAAGAAAGGAACAUUUAUUGGGAAUAUCGCACAAGAUCUGGGUUUAGAUCUGAUACGACUUAGAUCUGGCAACGCUCGCGUCAUUACUGGAGACCAUAUUCAGUAUACAGACCUGGAUACAGACAAAGGAGUUUUGGUCGUCAGGGAAAGAAUCGACCGCGAGGAACUCUGUGGUGAGGUAUCUCCAUGUAGCUUUAGUUUUGAUGUUAUUCUUGAAAACCCAAUGGAACUACAUCACAUAACUAUAGAAAUACUCGAUGUUAAUGACAAUGCGCCGAUGUUUAAGAAUGAUGAAAUUAAAUUAGAAAUAAGCGAAUCGGCUGCCUCAGGAGCGCGCUUUGUACUGGGGAGCGCGGAUGACCCUGACGUGGGGUUUAACACGCUUCAGAAUUAUAUUUUAACCCCCUUAGAUAAUUUUAUACUAAACCAACACGCGAAUCCAGGCGGAGGUAAAUAUGCCGAAAUGAUACUUCAGAAGCCAUUAGAUAGGGAGCGGCAUCCACAACUUUCUUUAAGGUUGAUUGCGUUAGACGGUGGCAAUCCGCCGAAAUCUGGAACCAUGAAUAUCGAAGUCAUUGUUCUAGAUGUUAAUGAUAAUGCACCUACAUUUAACCAGUCUGUGUACAAGGCGGUUGUAUUCGAAAAUGCUUCGAAAGGCGCAUAUAUCACCACUGUUAAAGCAAGUGAUGCAGACAGUGGAUCCAACGGGAUAGUUACUUAUUCAUUUUCCCACCUGAAAAAAAAUGUAGCCGACACAUUCAGUAUAGAUGAAAACACCGGCAAAAUAUUUGUUUCAGGACAAAUAGAUUACGAAAAAACUACGAAAUAUGAGAUUGGUGUUGAAGCCAAAGACAAAGGAGGCCUGGCCGAUUCAGCUAAAGUCGUUGUGGAAGUAGUAGAUGUCAAUGACAACUCACCGGUUAUAAAUAUCAUGUCAUUUUCGAGCCCAGUACCGGAAGACGCUACACCCGGAACAACAAUCGCAAUACUGAAUGUGAAAGAUAUUGAUUCAGGCGAAAAUGGUCAGAUUAGCUGUUCAACCGAUUCAAAUUUGGCCUUUAAGAUUACGUCAUCUUUAAAGAAUUAUUACACGUUAGUAACUAAUUCCGAAUUAGACCGUGAGAAAACUCAAGAGUAUAACAUCACUGUAGUUGCGAGUGAUUCGGCUACACCACCGCUAUUUACUAAAAAGGUGUUGAAGCUUAAGGUAUCGGAUGUGAAUGACAACGCGCCAGCAUUUUCCCAAGAAAGUUAUAUGUCUUACGUUAUUGAGAAUAAUUCCCCGGGAGCUUCUAUUUGCGUUGUUCAAGCUCAGGACGCAGACUCAGGGGCUAAUGCUCGAGUCUCGUACGUUCUUGAAGAAACUCAUCUGGCCGGUACUCCUAUUUCGUCUUACAUAUCAGUUAAUUCUGAAAGCGGAAUAAUAUAUGCGGUUCGUUCUUUAGAUUAUGAACACAUUAAACAAUUCAAAUUAGUGAUUAAAGCACAAGAUGGCGGAGCUCCCCCAUUAAGCAGUAAUGUGACUGUUAAUAUUAUUAUCCAGGAUCAGAACGACAACACACCUCAAAUUCUUUACCCCGUUCACACUGGAGGUUCUCUGGUGCCCGAAAUGGUUCCUCGUUCAGCAGAAGUUGGCUAUCUUGUUACCAAAGUGGUUGCUAUUGAUGUUGACUCUGGACAGAAUGCCUGGUUGUCAUAUACUCUGCUGAAAACUCUAGACAGACCGCUGUUUGAAGUGGGCUUACAGAAUGGAGAAAUCAGAACAAUACGCCAGAUCAGUGAUAAAGAUGCUGUGAAACAAAAACUUACUGUUGUAGUGGAGGACAACGGACAGCCGCCUCGGUCGGCUACAGUCAACAUUAACGUGGCGGUGUCGGACAGCUUCCCUGACAUGCUCUCGGAAUUCAGUGACACGACUGGUAACAAAGAUUACAAUGAAAACUUGACUUUUUAUUUAGUUUUGGCUUUGGCUGUAGUUUCCUUCCUAUUCAUUUUAUCUUUAUUAGUUAUUAUAUCUGUGAAAAUCUACAGAUGGCGCAAAUCUCGCCUUUAUUACCAAUCCAAUCUCCCAGUUAUCCCGUACUACCCACCGCUUUACGCAGAAGUUGGAGGUACAGGAACUUUACAGCGGGUGUAUAAUUACGACGUUUCCAGCACUACCGAUUCGAGGAAAAGUGAUUGCAGAUUCGUCAGACCCCGCAGUCAAAGUGCAUUAUUAGCCGACAACAUGUGUACAAUGAAGAUGCAACACGUGAAUACUGAGACUAACUUACAGAAGGAUCCAGAUUCGCUAUCUGCGAAUAUAUUUUUUUUAUUUACUACCUACACAAUAUCUAAAUAAGUCAUGGACAAAAGGGUCAAACCUAAUACGAGAAUUUCAACAAGGUUUUCUUAUCGUAGAUGCAGGCUAGGAUAUUAGAUACAGAGUUAUUAAUGCAGACGUAUGCAGUACUGCUCCUAUCCUAUGUGGCGCGCUGGCCGAGCAUCACUGCUGGCGCCCUCUGUCUGUGGCAGAGUGAAAUUGGCUGGCAAAUCGCCCCCCCUAAGAAGUUGGUGCCCUAGGCGGCCGCCUAUGUCACAUAUAUUAUUCACCGGCCCUAUUUGAGGUUAAAUCAAGUACAAAAUUACAGGUCAGAGAUCAGAUCAAAGAAAAAACUUUCAAGCCCAUUGUUUCACAUCUAAUUUAUAGAUAAGACAAUGGUACAAGUACAAAAUAUUAGUUUAUUGACCUAUUAAUCCAUCCCCCCAUUUUCCUGCUACUUACCUAAUAUAAAUUCAGUACAUGCCUUUUUAUGUCAAUCAAUACAUUUAAAUACAGUGUGACAAUAGCCUGUAACCCUGAACAGGACAAGCAGCUGGAACACUGAGAGUUGGUAGGACAAUAUUACUUCAGAUGGUGCUUUAAUCUGGGAUUUAUCCACAGUCCUACAUCCAAGUUAAACCAAUACAUUUAUAGGAUAAUUGCUUUACAGUGCACAGUUUGCUCAUCUUCUGGCCUCUGCAUUGCUGCAGAUCUGUCAGCUAGUUACAGUUCUCCAGCACUGAAUGAUUUGCUGACUCUGUAAUUAUUCUGAUUUGUUCAGUGCUUGUUGAAAAAGACGCAUUUUGGGUUUGUCUUUCAAGGCAUCCAGAGAGCGGUGCAACAUGUACAAACAAAAACACAUUUGACGUGCAGGAGAGGAGGGUAGUAAGCAGGAAUGCAAGCUAAAUAAUAGCAUUAUUUUCAUUAUCACAACCAACACAAAAAACAACCGACAUUUAUCCUAACUAUAAAUCUAAAAAUGUAUCUAUAUGUCUGAGUAACUUGGAUUUUCACAUAUAUCAGUAUGUUUUUCCAGUAAGUGAUCAUCUGAUCUCUCCUAAAUGCUAAUGUUUCACUGGCUUAUCCUCCUGUCCUGCACUAAUAAGUGGUGCCUUAUCUAGCAUGCAUGGGGAAAUUACUGACUAGAAGUAAAAUUGUAAAUUCAUAUAUAAUGCUAAACCACAUUCUGAGUGAAAUGAGGACCAGGACAUCUUAUCUACUUAUUCUUCAUCAUCAACGCUUUUGGAUAAAAGCCUCAGGUAAAUGAACAAAUGCAAUAAAAACUGGUGCAACAGUAGGUAAGGAUACCACAGCAUGGACAGCACCCUCAGCUGUACUGGCAAACAUCUAAGGAUUAUUUGCUUCAUAUUGCUGUUUCAUUGUAGGCUUGCUUAUAAUAGUUAUUUUUUGAUGUUCUGACCAGUUUAUAAAGUCACACAGUUUUCAAGAACUCAACUCAUUGCAUAAGGGUUGCCAACUCUUACACAUCUGUGUGACACUCACACUGUCAUGCUCAGGUGAGAAAUCUUACAGCAAAUCUAUAUUAUUCAAUUACAAAUCCAAAAAAAGUUACAUCAAACGUGCUUGGGUACUUUGCAAACCCGAAAGAAUAUUAACAAGGUAAUAAAACUGUUACAUACAUGUAA